GUUAGAAGUCCCCUUUCCCUCUUCUGACAUUCCACCUCUGUAAAUUCUUUACCCUUUUUGAUAUUCUUUAUUGAAUGCCUAUCUUUUUCCUUCAAUUUUAAAUCCCAUUUUUUAUUUUCUUCUCAAAUUCCCAUCUUAGCCCGACCAUAUUCUUUAAACCUCUCUUGUUUUUAUCUUCCUUUCUUUCUACACCUCGUGCUUAUAUAUACACACAAACCAAAAGAUGGAUUUUUUCUCUGCAUUUACAUGUACACGGAUAUCUCAAUCUCUAUCUUUCAUUUAGAAGUCAGAUUUAUCAUCUUCUUAUCUUUCUUCAUGGCUGGUUUCUAAGUUAUUAUGCGGGUUCAUUUUUGUUGAUUUUUUUGGAAGAUCCAAUAAGGAAGGGAAAUUUACUAGAAUUCAGUGUUUCUGUUGAUUUGGGAAGUUAAGGAUGCCUGGAAUGGUCAUGGAUGGAAUUAAUGAGGAAGCAGUAGUGAAUGAAAUGGAUGGAAAUUCUGUAUCUAUUAAAGAAAAUGGGGUGUCGAAUAAGUCCCCUAGGAGUACAUUGAGUCCGCAAAGUCCUCGCAGCACAGGCAUGGAUUUUCCUGCUGGUGGGAUGCCUGCUAGUGAGUUGGUUGUUGAUGAGGUGGCUGUUGAUGAGACUGGUCAUGGUGUGGUUGACACCUCCAUUGAGCAGCUUUAUGAGAAUGUCUGUGAUAUGCAGAGUUCUGAUCUAUCACCCUCGAGGCAUAGUUUUGGAUCUGAUGGCGAGGAGUCCCGAAUUGACUCGGAAUUGCGCCAUCUUGUGGGAGGAGAGAUGAGAGAGGUUGAGAUAAUGGAAGAGGAAGAGGUAGACAAGCCAGAGCAUGAUAAUCAUAGUAACUCCUCUUCUAAGAAGGGAGAAUCAUCUGGGAGUAAGGAUUCAGGAAAACUGGACAAAAACCAAUCUGCAAGCACCAAAUCCGUUUCUUCAAACACCUCAAAGAAAGGUCCUCAGUUAGCAUUGGACUCUGAAGCAUCAUCAAAGUUGAAUCCUAAGGGCAAAAGUCCUCCGGAGAAACCCCCUACUGUUGUGCGGAGUGAUAAAAAUUUGAAAAAAGUAAAUGGAGCAUUCAGGUCAACAAAGAAGCGAAGGAAUUCUCCUCUAGGAGGAUCAAAGUUAAAGAAUGGAGCUGAGGAUUCAUCUGAGUCAGGAUUGGACAAUCCGGAUCUCGGACGUUUUUUGCUAAAGCAAGCAAGGGAUUUGAUUUCUUCAGGGGAUAAUCCCCAGAAGGCUCUUGAAUUAGCUCUUCGAGCAGCUAAAUCAUUUGAAAUUUGUGCAAAUGGGAAACCCAGUUUAGAAUUGGUGAUGAGCCUGCAUGUUGUGGCAGCAAUAUACUGCAGCAUAGGCCAAUAUAACGAGGCAAUUCCUGUGCUUAAGCACUCAAUUGAGAUUCCAUUGAUAGAGGAAGGCCAAGAGCAUGCCCUUGCUAAGUUUGCCGGUCACAUGCAGUUGGGUGAUACUUAUGCAAUGCUGGGCCAACUUGAGAAUUCAACAAAGUGCUACACAACAGGGUUGGAAGUCCAGAAACAAGUUCUGGGAGAAACGGACCCUAGGGUUGGUGAGACCUGUAGGUAUUUGGCUGAAGCCUAUGUUCAAGCAUUGCAGUUUGAUGAAGCUCAGAGGCUUUGUGCGAUGGCUCUAGAUGUUCACAAAGAGAAUGGCACACCUGCUUCUCUUGAAGAGGCAGCUGAUCGGAGGCUCAUGGGUCUUAUAUGUGAAACAAAGGGAGAUCAUGAAGCUGCUCUCGAGCAUCUUGUUUUAGCCAGCAUGGCUAUGGUGGCAAACGGCCAGGAAUCUGAGGUUGCCUCUGUUGAUUGCAGCAUUGGAGACACUUACUUAUCUUUGUCUAGAUAUGAUGAGGCUGUUUUUGCUUAUCAAAAAGCUCUGACUGCUUUUAAGACCACAAAAGGAGAGAAUCAUCCAGCUGUUGGUUCAGUAUUUGUGCGCUUGGCCGACUUAUACUAUAAAACUGGGAAGUUAAGGGAAUGUAAAUCGUACUGUGAGAAUGCCCUUCGGAUCUAUGAAAAACCCACGCCUGGGGUCCCUCCAGAGGAGAUUGCUAGUGGUCUCACUGACGUUUCUGCUAUCUAUGAGUCAAUGAAUGAGCUUGAGCAGGCAAUCGAGUUGCUUCAAAAGGCAUUAAAAAUAUAUAAUGACGCCCCUGGUCAGCAGAGCACAAUUGCUGGAAUUGAAGCCCAAAUGGGGGUCAUGUACUACAUGAUGGGGAAUUAUUCUGAAUCCUACAACUCCUUCAAGGAUGCAAUUUCAAAGCUCCGUGCAAGUGGGGAGAGGAAAACUGCUUUCUUUGGCAUUGCUCUUAACCAAAUGGGACUUGCUUGUGUGCAGCGUUAUUCUAUAAGUGAGGCUGCAGAGCUGUUUGAAGAAUCUAAGAGUAUUUUGGAACAAGAGUGUGGACCAUAUCACCCUGACACUCUUGGGGCAUAUAGCAAUCUUGCUGGAACUUAUGAUGCGAUGGGCAGGUUGGAUGAUGCAAUUGAGAUCUUGGAGCACGUUGUUGGGGUGAGGGAGGAAAAACUUGGUACAGCAAAUCCAGAUGUUGAUGAUGAGAAGAAGAGGUUAGCUGAGUUAUUGAAAGAAGCAGGAAGAGCUCGAAGCAGAAAAGCCAAGUCACUCGAGAAUCUCCUUGAUUCCAACUCUCAUAGUGUAAACAAAGAUGGCAUUACAGUAUCAUAAGAAUGUUUUAUACACACGUGUACUUGAACUGAAUAUAAUAUGAUAAUUGUAGGACUUAAAUUAAGAAGAAAUGAAAAAGGAAAGGAAGAAAGGAAUACAGGGAUGGACUUUUCACUAUUUUGAUUUGAUUCUUAAUCUGGGUGAGGAUUGUGGGAGAGUUGAACAAAAUAACUGCAGAUGCAGAUUUGGUUGUAUUAUUGAUCUCUAUUUUUGCAUUUAUCAAAGGUUGUACUAUUUUGUAUCACACUGGUUUAAGUUAUCAAUGUAAAUCCUUGGUGGUACUAUAUUGUUUCA